ACGCUAUGUGUAUCGUACUUGGCUUAUCGGCCUCGACACGAAGUAGAGGUGUUACAGUAGCUGAAGCAUGGCACCAGGUGUAGCAAAGGUAGAGUUACCUGACCUGACCACAUAUGCCCACGUUUACAACUGUGCGAAUGCCGUUUCUCUGCCUCCCAUCCUGUACCAUGACUUGCCAUCGUUAGUCCGGGGAGAGAGCCGACCUGAUACUGACUGCGUGGUGCCACCCGGACCAAGACGCCGUCUCAUACGAGACCGCCCUAUAUGUGUGGGACUCGGCACAACUGACCUGAACACACAUAGAUAUCUGGACACAAAGCCCAUUGUGAAUUCCAUUCCACCUCACAAGGUUGUAAGAGUACUUCCGAAAAUUGUCCAAUCGACGAACAUCCUAUCUGAUAUAACUGGGCCUUCGGAUGUACUCAACCGUUUAAGCACGGACUUGCAGUGGACCACCUCAUACAAGCAGGCAGGGCAGGGCUCCAGCAUUGCGCAGCAACAGAGUUGCCCUCCAAUGACCAUAUUUGAGGAGCACACAGACAGGGUGAAGUACCGACCGUGCCGGCAUGAAAUCAAGUGCAUCAACUGGCAGAACCUGACUGGCGUUUGGGACCCAAAACAACUGCGCAGGCGCACGGGGGACACAGGGACACCCGACCGCUGCCAUGGAGGCGGAAGUGGACAUGUCCCCCACCAAACCAGCAUACACGGCUGUCCUGGUGACGCCGCGCCCAGACUUCGGCCCUGCCCAGGGUACUCCGGCUACGUGCCACGGGAGACGGCCCAGGUCAAAGUGGACGUCAUACAUGACCCCGAGUCACCAUUUGCCACAAGCAUGCGUACUACCUACAGGAAGCUACCAAAAGCGACUUUUCGCACUUCCCGCUUCGCUCACCGGGGACCGCUGUGCCGGACUGUCACCCUCACCUACCCGUUCAACCCUUUCAACAAAACAGAGUGAUGUUUGACGGAUUAUGUCAUUUCUUCAUGUUUCUACACUCUACAUAUUCACUCCAACUCCAACAUGUACGGCAUAUCACAGAACACAUGUUCAUGACACACACAUAAUGUUACAUAUGUGUAGAGAGAGUGAAGCUAUUCUCCAAAACUCUCCAUGAUCAAUCUGCGUAUCAAAUUCAAGUUCAAAGUAUCUUAACAGAGUUCAUUGCAACCUUUCUCGGAGGUUAUUUGAUCUAGUAGCCUAGAUCCAAUUUCUCCACUGCGUGUAUUUAACAGUGCUAUCCUAUAGUAUGACAUCGGAAGCAUUAGGAAACAGGGACAUGCUUAAUGGAGGAUGAGUGGAAAUAAAGAUGAGCGAGAUCCUA